GUUCUCUCUUCUAAAGUCUAGUCUUUUCAAAAAAUGGCUCGCACUCCUACCUUCCAGCGUGUCGUUGAAAUCGGCCGUGUUGUCAUGAUCAACUAUGGUCCCGAUGCCGGCAAGCUCGCCGUUAUCGUCGACAUUAUUGACCACAACCGCGCUCUCAUUGAAGGCCCCACCACCGGCAUUCCUCGCUCUGCCCAUGCCUUCCGUCGCUUGACCUUGACCCCCUUGGUCAUCAAGGUCCCCCGCAACGCUGGCCAGGCUGUCCUCAAGGCUGCCAUCCAAAAGCAGGACCUUGCUGGUAACUGGGCUAAGACCUCUUGGGCCAAGAAGAUCGCUUCUCGUGCCAAGCGUGCUAGCAACAGCGACUUUGACCGCUUCAAGCUUCAAAAGUACAAGAAGCUCCGUCGCGAGAUCGUCAACAAGGCUGUCAAGACCACCAAGGCUUAAAUAUCUUGAUGGGUUUGAGUCAGGUUGUCAUCAAAGAAAUAAAAAGAAAAGCACUGCGAUCCAUAUUGUACUUUUCUGCUCAAACAAUAACUAAUGCCGAUGUUUAACCAGACUAUCAAAGUGACUUUAUUUCAG